AUGGACUCGGUUAUAGUUAAUAGUUGUGGUUCGGUAUGGGUUUUCUACGAUAGAUCAGUUUCUUGUAAUGUAGUGGGGGAGUCGGAUCAGCAUGUGUCGGUUCAAAUUCAGUCUACUUUAUUUGUGGCUCCCGUUAUAUUUUCCUUUGCCCAUGCUAAAUGGACGGUGGUGGACCGUGAAGCGCUUUGGGCUGGGUUGCUAGAGGAUAGAUCUGUUUCACUUCUAUGGUUUGUGAUGGGUGACUUUAAUGUGAUUGUGGCAGAUGAUGAAAAGAGAGGGGGUCGUCCAUUUAGAAAUUGGGAGGGGGGUGAUUUGUUGACGUUUAUGUCCUCUGCUGGCUUGUUGGAUGCGGGUUUUUCAGGGUCCAGAUUUACAUGGUGUAAUAAUAGACAGGGUCAGGCUCGUAUUUGGAAAAGGUUAGACAGGUUGCUAUAUGAUCAACUUGCUUUGGAUUUGGGGAUUAUGUACGAGGUCCUGCACUUGGGUAGGGCUCCUUCUGAUCAUGCACCUUUAUUGAUGGCGGCGUCUUCUCGUUUGGAUAACUCGCCCAAGCCUUUUCGGUUUUUGAAUUGUUGGACGUCUCAUCAGAGUUUCCUGGAGGUCAUUCGGCAUAAUUGGCAGGUGGAUUUUAUGGGUGACCCUCUAUAUGUCUUGGCAGCUAAGCUGCGAAAGUUGAAGAAAGUGCUGCGGGAAUGGUCUAAGCAUGAAUUUGGAGAUAUUUUUGAGAUGGUUAAGGUGGCAGAGCAGGAGGUGAUACAGGCGGAAAAUUGUUUUGAUGAGGACCCUUCGGUUCAGCAUCAAAUUUGUUUAAGUGAGCGGCGGGCUAGGCUGAUUCAGGCGCAGGCAAAUGAGGAUUCGUUUUGGCGGCAGAAGGCGAGAAUCAGAUGGUUAGCGGAUGGGGAUAAAAAUUCAAAAUUUUUUCAUGCAACGGUGGCUGAACGUAGGAGUAAAUCCGUUAUUCAUCGUAUUAAAUCUUCUGGCGGGGAUUGGCUUUGCAGUGAAGAGGAUAUUGGGAGAGAGGCUGUUAGUUUUUUUCAGGGCUUGUUUUCGGAUCAGUCGGGUACGAAUAAUUUUCAUGGGUUAGAUGUGAUCCCCAAAGUGGUGACUGAGCGGGACAAUGAUGAAUUAGAACGAUUCCCUUCUCUAGAGGAAGUUAAGGAAGUCGUUUUCUCCAUGGAUGCGGAUAGUGCGGCUGGUCCUGAUGGGUUCUCCGGGAAGUUUUUGUGGUUGCUUGGGAGAUUGUUGCUGAGGAUGUUUUGGCAGCUGUUUGUCGGUUUUUUGGUGGAGCUGAGUUACCGAAAAGUAUUACCGCCACAUCCAUUGUUCUUGUCCCCAAAGUUAGCUCUCCUCAGGAUUUUUCGCAGUUUCGCCCAAUUAGUUUGUGCUCCUUUGUGA